AUGAAAUCUCUAGGAGACAUACAAGUCACCAUCGCACCACACACAAGUUUGAACUCAUCACGUGGUGUGAUAUCUGAAAUCGAUUUGAUGUCUGAGGACGAAUCCGAUAUUCAGAUCGGCCUCUCAGACCAACGUGUCACUGCUGUCCGACGAAUUUCAAUCCGUCGAGAUGGCAAGUUGAUACCAACUAAACACCUUAUCCUCACCUUUGGAAAACCGUCAUUGCCAUCUUUUGUUACGGCAGGCAAUUUACGCUGUUCAGUUCGCCCAUAUAUUUCAAACCCACUGUGUUGCUUUAAAUGCCAGCGGUUUGGACACUCACAAACAUCCUGCCGAGGUAAAAGCUUAUGUGCACAGUGUGGAAUUGAAGGACACCAGAGUACUGAGUGCACCAGUACUCCACGCAGUGUAAACUGCAACGAUGCCCAUCCUGCCUACUCUCGGAAAUGCCCUGCAUGGCAGAGAGAGAAAGAGAUUCAGUGGGUGAAAACUGUAAACAAUCUAUCCUAUCCAGAGGCUCGACGCAUAGUCAGUCCAAGUGCUCCUUUAAAACAGAAGACUUUUGCAGCUUCUUUGAAGUCUACAAAGUCAUGUGGGGUUCAAACUGAUAUCUCUGUCUCCCCAAGCGAAUCUCUUACUCACCAUGCGAAAUGUUUAAUACUCCUGUCUAAACAAACACCAGAAAAGGAGAUCACAAAAGGAAAAACACCCCUGCCUAAAACGGGUAAUUACAAGAAACCUGGGUUCUAA